CCUAGAUUAACUCUAUUUAUAAGAAUUUACUUACAUCUAGUUACAUUUUUAAGUUCGCACCAAUACCCGAAUCUCGUAUUCUCACCGUAAUAAGCAAAAUGUCCAAGGAAGGCGGUGAUCUCAACCAGAUGGCCAAGGAUGGCAAUAGCAUUCCUGGAGAUGCUGGAAAACAGAACAUAAUCCCAUCAGUGCCCAACCCAGGCCAAAAAUCACAAGAUGCUUCCGGCGGAAUCGGCGGGGCUUCACUACACAGCGCGGCUGAUAACCCUAUCGGCGUAAGCAAGAACGCGGACGACGAUGCGGUUACGGCGAGCGGACACGCAGUACCCCAGUCGACGGCCGCCAAGCCCAGCGGUAGCGGUGGCAAGGAACGGGAACCUGAGAGGUUUCAGUAGAUCACGAUUGGAGUGUUACUCAAGUGUUUCAUCGCAUAGUUACCUACAUGAGAUGAAAACGGCAUCCUGGAUAU